AAGAGUGCUCCCAGGGAGAUCUGAGAGCUCUGAAUGGCUCUAAGGCCCAGCUCUCAUCAGUGAGGCUGACAGGCGGCCUGGGGCACAGACCCACUCUCUCUUCUCACCCUAACUCAGGCUGACCUCUCUCAGGGACUUAAAACUCAACUCCUCCAAUGCCAUCACAGAAGGGUAGAAUCCUAAUGGAGGGAAUGAGGGAGGGAGUGGCAGUUGCCAGGCAACCAGUCUAGCCCACCCUUGUUUGCUCUGGUGGUGGCAGCAAAGGUGUGGUCAGAGUAUUUGGCAACUCCCUGGGCUGCCAACAGCAGUUUCUCUGAGUUGGGGCAAAGCUGUGGUCACCUGGAAGCCUCUUCCACCCAGGAACCCUGAAGUCUGAGGCCGGAAGGACAGCCUGACUUGCUUUGUCCUCAGAAGAUUCAAGACUAUUAACAGAAAACCAGAUUUCCAUGGGCCAAAUGGUACCACCAAGGAGCAUCCAGAAUGAAGACUUCUGGAAGAACCCGUGGGAUGUGGGGGGCCUGACAGUGAUUGGCUUGUUCACCUCCACGUUCCUGCUCUUCGUCUUAUUUGCUGUUGUGUUUGGGUAUGUGGAAAAGGCUGUGUUUGAAGAGGAGUGAUCCGUCUCCUCCGGGUCCUAGAAGGCAGCAGAGAGAGAGGGGCUGAUCUGCUCAGCCCCGACCAGCAGUGGGCUUCCAUUCCCUCUGGCUCAAGAAAGAAUCUCUGGGAACCAUUGGACCUUGCCUAGGGGUUGGCCAGUUAGCCAGGUGGGAAGGCAGGUGUGGUACCAUUUCUGGCUCUCUCACCCUGCACCAGCUGAACACUAAGCACACGGAGAAGAACUCUGCUCUGCCUCAGAUGAGAGAGAGCAGCAGUGGCUAACCAGACCUUCUGAUGAGAGUCCCUGCCCAAGCAGCUAUUUUCAAGUCCUUGACAGAGAAGGACACGAAAUGUCAAAUGAAGUAAAACUUCCUUCUC